AUGGCCCCGAACUCGAGUCCUAGCACUCCUGGCCGUGUCCCUCAAAGCAAUGGUGGUGUUCCUCAAAGCAGCAGUGUCCCUCAAAGCAACGGUGGCGCCCCCAACAACCAGACCCCCAAGCAGCAGGACCAAGUGCAGCGUGCAGCUGACCCCGCAGUACAGGAGAGCAUUAUGCACUAUCCUGAAGCCCGGAGUGCUCUGAGUGCGAAGGAGCUGGAGGCUGAACUGGGCGUUGCUGUUUCGCCUGUGCGAAAGACCGACGUGCAUGUUGUGAACGCGAAGACUCCGUGCCCUGCGGGUGAGCGGUCAAUCGAGGAGCCCGUUGUCCAGUCCGACGCGGAGAACGACUGCGACCCCAAGUUCUAA